CCACAGCACUUGUCUGUGCUGUGCAGCUGAUUCGUGACUGUGGCUUGGAGACAUUCAGUGCCUUGCACUGCUACGGCAGUCACUGGUGGUGUUGGCCUCUAGCAUGACCCUGCGCUGCCGUAGCCCGGUGCGUGGGUCCGUGCCCCACAGGCAGGCUGGGGCAGCUUGCCCCACGUUCCUGCAGGCAGUCCCUUUGUCCAAGCUAACCUUGAGGCUGCUGAGUGGGCACCAAGGCACAGCUGUGUGUUUCCCCCACUGCCAGUGCAUGGCAGUGUCCUGCAGAGGAACAAGCCUGCUGCGGUGGGACAGUGCUAUCUAAGCCUGCUAUUGUCAAAUGCCACAGUACCUUUCAAGUGCUGGUGUGGUUCAUGGAUCGGAGCUGUCAAGCCCUGAUGUGUCCUGUGCUGGUCUCUAACCUGUGUUUCAACUGUGGUUGCAUGAGUGUGACCGGUGCUGGGCCAGAGAUCUCAAGCCCUGUGUUCUGGGGCACAGGUGUCCCAUGAGAUGGGAAGAAGCUUGCACAGGAUGGGAAAGCCCUCUUCUGGAGUGUCCAGGACCAGACACAGGUGGCCAUGAGCAUGAAGGAGUGUAGCAUCCGAGGGGCAGGAAAGGGCACUGGUGAGACCCCCAUCAGGCUAGGAUUGAAUGACUCAGGGCUGGAGCUGGGCCCACAUGCUCUAUGUGGUUUUGGGGUGGCCUCACUGCAACAGUGGCACCCCGGGAUAGGUAGGAGGGUGGGUGUCCCUUCCCCUCCGUGCUGCCCCUUGGUUGUGUUCCUGCUGGAAGCAGACUUUGCUUGUUGGAGCAGGCUGAUGUGCUCUGCCUUGCGCCCUUGCUGCUGACUGUCCACAUCCAGCUGGGCACUGGCCAGUGAUUGCUGCUACAAGUUCCCGUAAGGCUGGGCUGGGCCCUUGCCUCUGCUGACAAACAACCUGCACCCGAGGGGCCAGGGGCUGCCAGGACGUGGGGCUGGAACCUGCUGGGCGGGAAGGGGUGGGUGCUUUUGGGAAGAGGUCGGCUUGGCUGUGGUUUCUUGGAGCCUGCAGCAAGCUGGCAUGGGAUGUGCUGCACCCCUUGGCCAGCUGGGCUGGCACUGCUCAGGGCACUGGCAGCACCGAGCCCCGCUGCACCCCAGCCUUGCAGGGUGGCUGACAGGGUGCACCCUGGCUGCGGGCAGAGCCAGGCACAGGAUGAGAUAGCACUUGGCUUCUGUGCCCUAGCUUCACCUGCCAGCACUGGGGGGGCUGUCUGUACCCUGUGGGGUUGCUGCAUGCCCUCACAGGGACUGAUCUACCUGGUGGCACAGGGCAGUUUUGCAGGGGGCAGGGGCUGCCUCUGCUUUCUGUGAACCUCAGGAAGAGUCACAGUGCCAGGACACCAGUGUCUGCAGCCAGCUCCCUCCCUGCAUAUUUGUUGCUGCAAAAUCCCGGAAACUCUUGGCACGCUGGCUUCCCAUAGGGGCUUGGCAGGCGUGCCGGGAGCCUCUGCCAGGCUGGCUGCGCUCCUCUUGCUGGGAAAGGUGCUGGCUGCAUACAGCAGGGUCAGGAGGUCUGGAACACAUGAGGCUGCACCAGGGUGAGGGAAGUGGCAAUAAAAGGGAUGAGGAGGGAGCCCUGAACAGCAUCGACCUGCAGAAGGAGGCUGCUGUGAGGAGAGGGAGCUAUAAGCAUGGGACCUGCAGUGCUGCUGAUUGCUGGCCUGGCCUGGACCGUGCUGGAGACUGCAACUGCCACCGAGUGGAGCUGUGCAAAGCCUGCGGAGAUUGAACAUGGCUACAUGGAGCACCUGAUCAAGUACCACUGCAACCCGUACUACCAGCUCCAUGGCUCUGAUGAUGGCACAUACAAGUGUGACAAGGAUCAUGAGUGGGUGAACCUUGAAGCUGGCAAGGAGGCACCUGUCUGUGAGCCAGUGUGCGGGAAGCCGAAGAACCCCCCCAAGCAGAUGCAGCGCAUCAUCGGGGGCCUGCUGGCUGGGAAGGGCAGCUUUCCUUGGCAGGGCCGGCUGGUGACCCGCCACAACCUCACCGUGGGGGCCACGCUCAUUGAUGACCAGUGGCUGCUGACCACUGGCAGGAAUGUCUACCUGAACCACAGUGAGAACACCAAGCCAGAGGAGAUCGCCCCUACGCUGCAGCUCUUCCUGGGCAGCCAGCAGCAGCUUGCCUUGGACAUUGAGCGUGUGGUGCUGCACCCCAGCUACCCAGAAGCUGUGGAUCUGGCCCUGCUGAAGCUCAAGGAGAAGGUGCUCCUCGGAGAGGAGGUGAUGCCCAUCUGCCUGCCCCAGAAAGACUAUGUGCACCCGGGGCGGGUGGGUUAUGUCUCAGGCUGGGGCCGUGGUGCCACCUUUGCCUUUCCCAAAAUGCUGAAGUAUGUGAUGCUGCCGGUGGCAGAGGGUGAGAAGUGCAGGCAGUACUAUGAGGCACAGAACGCAUCCUACUCGGUCAAGCCCAUCCUCAGCAGUGACACCUUCUGUGUGGGCAUGAGCGAGCUGCGGGAGGAUACGUGCUACGGGGAUGCUGGCGGCGCCUUUGCCGUGCAGGACCCUGACGAUGACACCUGGUAUGUGGCUGGCAUCCUCAGCUAUGACAAGACCUGCACAGCCUCCAAGUACGGCGUAUACGUGGACAUACAGCGUGUCCUGGCCUGGAUCAAGGAGACAGUGGCGGCUGGCUGAGGCGGGGCUGUAGGAGAAUAAAACUGCCUCAACAUCUG